AUGAGGGAUGAUUAUGCUGCCGAUGAUGAUAUUUACGAGGAGAAACUGAAGAAAGAAACACUUGCAUUUUUCAUGGUGGCAACCUACGGGGAUGGAGAGCCAACUGAUAAUGCUGCAAGGUUUUACAAGUGGUUCACUGAGGGACAAGAACGGGGUGCAUGGUUGCAGAACCUUAGCUAUGGCGUUUUUGCCCUGGGUAAUCGCCAAUAUGAACACUUUAACAAGAUUGGGAAGGUGAUAGAUGAACAAUUGAGUGAACAAGGUGCAAAACGUCUUGUGCCUGUUGGCCUUGGUGAUGAUGAUCAGUGCAUUGAAGAUGAUUUUUCUGCCUGGCGAGAACAGCUGUGGCCAGAAUUGGAUCAAAUUCUUAGAGACGAGGAUGAUGCAAAUUCUGCUGCCACUCCAUAUACAGCUGCAAUUCCUGAAUAUCGUUUGGUUAUCCAUGAUACCACUAUGAGUCUUGAGGAUAAGCAUGCAGGCAUGGCUAAUGGUAAUACCACAUAUGAUAUCCACCACCCAUGCAAAGUCAAUGUGGCUGUUCAGAGAGAGCUUCACACACCCGAGUCUGAUCGCUCAUGCAUACACUUGGAGUUUGAUAUAUCUGGCACUGGGAUUUCCUAUGAAACAGGAGAUCAUGUGGGUGUUUAUGCUGAAAAUUCUGAAGAUACUGUUGAGGAAGCUGCGAGAUUGCUGGGGCAGUCAUUAGACUUGAUAUUCUCUAUUCAUACCGACAAGGAGGAUGGUACAGCUGGAGGAGGCUCGCUACCCCCACCUUUUCCUGGUCCCUGCACUCUACGUGCUGCACUUGCUUGUUAUGCAGAUCUUCUGAAUCCACCGCGGAAGGCUACUUUGGUUGCAUUGGCUGCCCAUGCAGCUGAACCUAGUGAAGCAGAAAAGCUCAAGUUCUUGGCAUCUCCACAGGGCAAGGAUGAGUAUUCUCAAUGGAUUGUAGCAAGUCAAAGAAGUCUUAUUGAAGUAAUGGCUGAGUUUCCAUCGGCAAAGCCUCCCCUUGGUGUAUUUUUUGCAGCAGUUGCCCCUCGUUUACAGCCUCGCUACUAUUCAAUCUCAUCAUCUCCUCGAUUUGCACCCGCUAGAGUCCAUGUAACCUGUGCGCUAGUCUAUGGUCCAACUCCCACUGGCCGAAUUCAUAAAGGAGUGUGUUCGACUUGGAUGAAGAAUGCAGUACCUUCAGAGAAAAGUCACAAUUGCAGCUCUGCUCCCAUUUUCAUUAGGCCAUCUAAUUUCAAAUUGCCAGCCGACCCUUCAAUUCCAAUUGUCAUGGUGGGGCCUGGGACUGGUUUGGCACCAUUCAGGGGAUUCCUGCAGGAAAGAGCAGCAUUGAAAGAAGAUGGCGCUCAACUUGGUCCUGCUUUACUGUUUUUCGGUUGUAGGAAUCGUAGAAUGGACUUUAUUUAUGAGGAGGAGCUUCAGAGUUUUGUGGAUCAAGGUGUAAUAUCAGAGCUGAUUAUUGCAUUUUCAAGGGAAGGGUCACAGAAAGAGUAUGUUCAACACAAAAUGAUGGAAAAGGCUUCCCAUGUUUGGAGUUUAAUCUCUCAGGAGGGAUAUCUAUAUGUAUGUGGGGAUGCUAAAGGGAUGGCCAGAGACGUACAUCGUACACUCCAUACCAUAGUCCAGGAGCAGGAGAAUGCGGACUCAUCCAAAGCAGAGGCUGUUGUAAAGAAACUCCAAAUGGAUGGAAGAUAUCUCAGGGAUGUGUGGUAAUGAUCAUCGAGGCGUUGGUCCAUUUGUUUUACUCAUAGCAACCUUGCAAGGUCUUCUCAGUUGCUUUGAGUUCCAUAGCUAGAAAAGAUUACCAUCAAUAUAAGUUUUGUCCAGUAGGUUGUGGUUAUUGCUCUUCCAUUGGAGCAGAUAUAUUAAAUUUUUUUUAUUAUAAGAAGAUUUAAGUAUUGAUACAAAAACUUCUAUAUGUAGUUGGUAACAAACACAAAUCAAUCCCGAAUCAUGUUGUAAACUGUACCAAAAGGCUUUUGUAAGAAUAGCUGUACAAAUGAAGGGAGGGUAGAAUAAGUGUGUUGCUACACAUUUAUAUUGCUCUACUUUUAUUAUAACGUAUUCAGAUAUUGCAAUAUUUCUUGUGCUCUU